GGAGCCAGGUGUGCCGCCCUCCGCUGCUGCACGGCUCGCUGCCCUGGCUGGACGGCAGCAAGGCGCUGAGCAGCCACCACAGCGCUUCCCCCUGGAACCUCAGCCCUUUCUCCAAGACCUCCAUCCAUCACAGCUCACCGGGACCCCUUUCUGUCUACCCACCCGCCUCCUCUUCCACUUUAUCCGCCGGCCACUCCAGCCCGCACCUUUUCACCUUCCCACCGACCCCUCCUAAAGAUGUGUCCCCGGAUCCGUCCAUCUCCACCCCCGGCUCCACCGGCUCCACCCGACAGGACGAGAAGGAAUGCAUCAAAUACCAGGUGUCCCUGGCCGACACCAUGAAGCUGGAGUCCUCUCACUCUCGGAGCAGCAUGGCCUCUUUAGGAGGAGCCACCUCCUCCGCUCAUCACCCCAUCACUACCUACCCACCGUAUGUCCCAGAAUAUGGCUCUGGACUUUUUCCCCCCAGUAGCCUCUUAGGAGGAUCGCCUACCGGGUUCGGGUGUAAAUCGCGACCGAAAGCACGGUCCAGCACAGGUUGCCCCGCAGGGUUUAUAACCAAACUCCCCCUUGUCCAAGCCCUGCUGGGGGUACAAUCGGCCCAGAAGCCCGAAUUCCCCUCCCGCUCCCGCAGCGCUCCUGACCCGGGUCCGAUCCGGCCCCCGAGCGCCUACG